AUGGCGACCGCGAUCGUACAUGUUCUCGAUCGUGACCUAAAUCCAGUCGAAUGUAGAACUUUGAUUGACACGUGUUCGAGCGCGAAUUUUAUGACUGACGACCUGGCAAUGAAAUUAAGGCUUCCGACGAGGGACGAUACGACGACGAUCGAGACGUUGAACCAGUCACACACGGUCGCGAAGAAACUGGUCUCAACCACCAUCAAGUCGCGACUCUCAAACUAUCAACGGAAUUUAACGUUUUUUUCUAUCCCGCGGAUCGCUGGACCGACACCGGAUGAGCAAAUCGAUCGUUCGAAGAUCGCGAUUCCGACGAAUCUCCGACUCGCGGAUCCACAGUUCCAUCGACCGGCGAACGUGGAUAUGCUAAUCGGCACCGGUCGGGCAUUGACUUCGCUCAGCAUCGGCCAACACAGGCUCUCUCCUCACAACGGAGCUGAUCUGGUCCUCCAAAAGACCCAGUUUGGAUGGAUCAUCGGGGGGAGUGUCUCUGCAACGGCAGCGCGCAAGGGACAUCGAGCGCUCCUCAUCACCCCGAAUUUUGAUUUACAAAAAUUCUGGGAGUUGGAAGAGGGUCCUCAAACGCAGCAUCUUUCAUCCGAAGAGCGUGAAUGCGAACAGCAUUAUCAGGAUCACGUCACGCGAGAUAAAACCGGGCGUUACAUCGUCGCACUUCCCUUCAACGAGAAGAAGACACAACUCGGCGAAUCUCGAUCGCGCGCCUUGAAUCGGUUUCUGUCUCUCGAACGCAAAUUUAAACGAGACCCAGAGUUAAAACGCGAAUAUUCCGACGUGAUAAAGGAAUAUCUCGACCUGGGACACAUGAGUGAGGUAGAAUCGCGCGACACCGAAGGUUUCUACCUGCCUCACUAUGCGGUCAUAAAACCAACCAGCACGACAACCAAGGUUCGUGUCGUGUUUGACGGAUCCGCAAAAUCGAGUACCGGACUCUCGUUAAAUGACACCCUCAUGACUGGUCCGACGAUCCAGGACGAUAUCUUCGCGCUUCUGAUAAGGUUUCGUACACACGCUUACGUCUUGACCGGAGACAUUGAAAAGAUGUAUCGACAAUUUCUCGUGAGAGCCGAAGAACGUCGAUAUCAGCAAAUAUUAUGUCGAGAUCAAAAUGACCAGAUAAGGGUUUACCAGUUGAACACAGUCACGUUAGGAUUGUCUUCUGCUCGAUUCCUCGCUAUCAGGAGUAUUCACCAAUUAGCGGACGAUGAAAGGGAAAAUGCUCCAGUCGCAGCGACCGUUCUUCAGCGCGACUUAUACGUUGACGAUUUAUUGACCGGCACGGACACCUACGAAGAGGCAAUAAAUCUACGGGACCGGAUCAUCGACCUAUUGAAGCGCGGUGGUUUGCACAUUCGGCAGUAG